AUGGCAGAGUUCUCCUUUAAAGGCGGCACAAGAAGAGGAGGGGCAGGGGGUAGGGUUCCAACUUCAGUGUCUGAUUUAUCCUUCAUUGGUAGCAUAGGAGGAGGUGGUGUGGGUAACGGUCAGAUUGGAGAAGUUCUAGCACCAAUGUUUAAAUUUUCCUUCAAUGGCGGCAUAGCAGGAGGUGAUAGGACUUGGGGUGGAGGUGUUACAAUUUCAAUGUUUGAUUUUUCAUUCAAAGGUGGCUUGGGAGGAAGAGGUGGGGGUGAAACAGUUUCAGUUCUGAUGUCAGAUUUCUCCCUCACAGGUGGCACAAGAGGAGAGGGAGGGCGUGAGGGUGAAAGAGGUCUAACUCCAAUUUCUAAUUUCCCCUUCAAAGCUAGUGUGGGAGGAGGUGCAGGUGAGGUAGUCAAUGAUGAAGCAACUGCAAGGGCUAGAAGGGAAGAAGUAGAAAUUAAAGUUUUUGGAGUUCUACUAGAGAGUGUAGUUUUAAGAAGUGGUGUUGGAGGAGGAGGAGGUAAGAAUGAAGAUUUGGGAAGGGUUGAUGAAACACUCGCAACAGGUGAAAGGAAGAUAGUAGUAUACAUUGAAGGUGGUUAA